CGCGCCCCGGCUCUACAACCAUCGACCGGCCCCCAAAAGCGAAACCCGAGGCCGCCCGCCCGCCACCGCCCAGCCCACCGCCACCCGGCCGGCAGCAGAGGGGAGCGGGGCGCAGCGGGCAGGGGCAGCUGCAGAGCCACACGCGCGCGCGGACGCACAGCAGGGCGCGGCCAUCAUGGCGCCACCCUCCUCCUCGUCCUCGUCCUCGUCCUCCUCCUUCAGGGCCCUGGCCACCGCCCUGUGCCUCCUCCUCCACCUGUCCCUGCGGGCCGCCGCGGCCAUGGACCCCGCCGAGCGGGAGGCGCUGCUCCGCGUCAUGGAGGCCGUCUCGUCGGACCGCGACUGGCGCGAGGCCGCCGGCGCCGACCCCUGCAGCUCGCCGUGGCCGGGGCUCGAGUGCAAGCCGGCGCCCGGCGGCGGGGGGCCCGCGGCGCGGAUGCACGUCGCGCGGCUCGACUUCGGGGUGCCGCCCAACCCGACGUGCAAGGACACGGCCACGUUCCCGCUCGGCGCGUUCGCGCUGCCGGAGCUCCGGGCGCUGUUCCUCGUCGGCUGCUUCAAGAACCCGGACGCCAUCACCGCCUUCACCCUGCCGCCGCCGGCCAACCUCUCGGCGUCCCGCCUGCAGCAGCUCAGCGUCCGCUCCAACCCGUCGCUGUCCGGCACGUUGCCGCCGCAGCUCGCCAGCAUCAAGUCGCUCCAGGUGCUCACCGUGUCGCAGAACGCGCUCAUCCGCGGUGAGGUCCCGCAGGGCCUCGGCGAGCUCAGGAACCUGGUGCACCUCGACCUCAGCUACAACUCGCUCACCGGCCCGAUCCCGAGCCGGCUCGGCGAGCUGCGCGGCCUGGUCGGCCUCGACCUCAGCUACAACUCCUUCUCCGGGCCCAUCCCCAGCCGGCUUGGCGAGCUCACCCUGCUGCAGAAGCUGGACCUGAGCUCGAACAACCUCACCGGCGGCGUCCCGGCCACCGUCACCCGCCUGAAAGCGCUCACCUUCCUGGCCUUAAGCAACAACGGGCUGCGCGGCCGCCUCCCCGCCGGCCUCUCCGACCUCCGCGACCUGCAGUACCUGAUCAUGGAGAACAACCCGAUGGGCGUCCCGCUGCCGCCCGAGCUGGGCAACAUCGCGCGGCUCCAGGAGCUCCGGCUGGCCAACUCGGGCCUCUCGGGCUCGAUACCGGAGACGUUCGGGCUCCUGUCCAGCCUGACGACGCUGUCGCUGGAGAACAACAACCUAACCGGGCAGAUCCCGGCGGGGCUGAGCCGGCUGAAGCGGAUGUACCACCUGAACCUGAGCAAGAACGGGCUGGACGGCGUGGUGCCGUUCGGCGGCGCGUUCCUGCGGCAGCUGGGGCGGAACCUGGACCUGAGCGGCAACCCGGGGCUGUGCGUCGCCGACGGGGCCGUCGUGCCGGACGUGGGCGUCGGCGUCUGCGCCGGCGACGCCGCCCGCAAGAGCUCCGCCGCCGCGGGGAGCUCGGCCGGGGGAGCGAUCGGGGGCGAGGUGACGAGGGGUCGCUGGCCCGCGGCGCUGCUCAGGCCCGCCGCCGUAGCGCUGUGCUGCUGCCUUCUGCUCUGAGCUCUUCUUUCUUUCUAAUCCCGAUCGUUUGGCUCUGAACUUGCAUACUAGUUGCAUCCGUUGAUCUCUGAUUCUCUGUACGUAAUUGCGUUUCCUGUAACUUGCGAUGCUGAGCCUGCGAGGAGAGUGUAGCUAGCCGUGUCUCAUUCUGUGACAAGAAUUCCAAGGGGGGAUACUGGAGAGUUGUUGGUGAUUGGCGCACACGUGGGCUUUGUCGGAUCACUUCACUUCAUUCAUAGUACUCACUUGUAAAGAUCGAUGGUCCUGGGCCCCGGCGGUCAACGAAAGCAACGUGGGCAAUAGGUCUCUCUCCCUCUCUCCUUUCGCCAAUCUGACCGUCAGUCCGUCACUAUGUGCCUAACCCGAGGUUCGUCCUGUAAUCUUGCUGCCCUUUGCUACGGUCUUCAGACUUCGGCGAACAGUGUCAGUUGGGCUUAGGCCUUUCUGUGUAUUGAUUAUGCAUGCGUCCCGCUCAAGAGCACGAUGGUUUUCAAGUCCGAA